AGUUAAUUGCAGUUGUGCUACCAGCCAUGGGGUCGUUGAGCUUGCUAUUCGUAAUCACUGCCGCUACUGUGCUGGGAUAUGUUCUCGGUGACCACUACCACCCAUCCGGGCCCGGCAGUCGCGCUAGCUCUGCCAAGCAUGAAGAAAUGGAUCCCAAGUUUUGGAAUGAUAAGGCACAGGCAGCCAUCCACGCUCGCCUCGCACAGCUGCAGACCGCCAGCAAGGCGCGCAACGUGGUCAUGUUCCUGGGCGACGGCAUGUCCGGGCCCACCGUGUCCGCGGCGCGCGCGCUGCUCGGCCAGCGCCGCGGGCACACCGGCGAGGAGGCUGAGAUGACGUUCGAUACCUUUCCUACUGUUGGUUUAAUAAAGACGUACUGCGUGGACGCUCAGGUAGCUGACUCGGCCUGCAGCGCCACUGCAUAUUUGUGUGGAGUGAAGACGAAUUACGGUGUCCUUGGAGUGACCGCAGCCGUUCCGCGAACUGACUGCGACGCCUCGGUGGACAAGACCAAGCACUUGCAGUCUAUCGUCGACUGGGCUCUGGCGGACGGACGAGAUGCCGGUAUCGUGACAACGACGCGCAUCACCCAUGCGUCUCCUGCCGGCGCGUAUGCCAAGUCUGCUGACCGGGAGUGGGAAAACGAUGCAGCCGUUAAGAAAGCCGGCUUCGACACAGACCGCUGCCCCGACAUCGCUCACCAGCUCGUACACAACCACCCCGGGAACCAACUAAAGGUUAUUUUUGGUGGAGGUAGAGCCAAUUUUUUGCCAAACUCUAUGCGCGAUGAUGAAAAUAUGUUUGGCAGCCGAACAGAUGGUCGGAACUUGAUCCAAGAAUGGCAACAGGAUAAGAGGGAGCGGAAUGUUCAACACGAGUACAUCUGGCAUCGGGAGCAAUUAAUGCGAGCUAAAAUUGAUUUGCCAGAAUACAUGCUGGGCUUAUUUGAAAGUGGUCAUAUGCAAUAUAAUAUGCAAGCCAAUCAAACAACAGAGCCUACACUGGCUGAAAUGACUGAGGUGGCAAUCCGGUCCCUUAGUAGAAACGAGAAGGGCUUCUUCUUGUUUGUGGAAGGCGGUCGCAUCGACCACGCGCACCACGACAACUUCGCCGAGCUAGCGCUGGACGAGACGCUGGAGAUGGACAAGGCCGUCGCGCGCGCCGCCGAGCUGCUCUCCGAGGACGACUCGCUCAUUGUGGUCACAGCAGACCACGCCCACGUCAUGGCUUACAAUGGCUAUGCGCCACGUGGAAAUGACAUCCUGGGUACUUCAGUGACUUAUGCGAUUGACACGUGGGAUGGCAUGCCCUACAUGACACUAUCAUAUACCAACGGACCCGGGUUUCGUCCUCAUGUCAGAGGUGGUCGACCUAACGUGACCGAUGAAGAAGAUUAUGGUACGGAAACGUGGCAUUCGCCUGUCGACGUACCGCUGAGUUAUGAGACGCACGGCGGGGACGACGUGGCGGUGUUCGCGCGCGGGCCGCACCACUCCAUGUUCACGGGGCUGUACGAGCAGAGCCAGCUGCCGCACCUCAUGGCGUACGCCGCCUGCAUCGGCCCCGGCAGACACGCCUGCAGCGGCGCCGCGCAUGCGCUGGCCCAGCCUGUGCUGCUGCUCUCUCUCCUUGUACUGUUGGCUUCCUUUAGUGUGAAAUGAUUUGAAAUCUGACUUAUAUCUGAAUUACGUACACCGGUUUCAUAUAACCUAUUUAAUAAAUUAUUUUCAUCAUA